GUAUAAAAAACAAUUGUGCACUUCAUAUAAUAACUCCAAGAAGACGGCAAGUUAAGAGAAAUGUGGACAAUAUUCUGGCUAGUGAUUUUGUUCCAAGGAGCAAUAUCGUAUGAUAAAGAUGAUUUUAAGAGAACAAACAUUGACGGCGAGCACAAUUAUCUUCACAAAGGACAAACUAAUUAUAUGCAUAGAAAACAUAUGAAUGAUUUUGGAGUGAAGAUAACAAAACGAGCAGUUAUUUAUCAUGGAUUUUAUUUCAGAAACCUGUGUGGUAGAACUCGUUUCUACCAUGAGUUUAAUGUUUGUAAGAAGGAUAAAAUGGCAGUUAUUAAUUGCUUGACAUUGCUUUCUGAAAGAGGUCUGCUUGGUAGACGAGAAAUCUUGAUCAACGGUGUUCAUGGAUUGGGUAUUAGAUUCCUCCCUGGUGGUUUGGUAUAUACACAAGUAUAUUAUGAAUUCAAGCCAGGAUGUAGAAAAAGUCGAGUUAAACGUCGAAUGAAAUCUUGUAUACAUAAAAACGGUCAAACCAGUGUUUGUUUGACAAAACUGCAACAACAAGGACUGAUAGGCCCAGGACAAGUAUUCAGACGCCUAGUGGUAUAUAAAAUAAAAAGGGUGAAAGGGAGAAAACUCAGAACGAAAGGUCAUUUGAAACCGGUAAUAAAACACCAUAUUCGACCUAUCAGUUUGAAGUUUAAGAAUGGAAGACUAAUUCAUGGAGGGAAAGAAUAUCGUCUACAAUGUACACAAAGGCAUUUCUUCCGUGUAUGGCGACGUUGUAUACAUCGAUAUUUUCAUGAAAAUGUAUGCUUUCGGCGUAUGAAGAUUUUGAAAAUAUUCAUACCGUAUGAAGAAGGUUACUAUGGUGAUGAAGAACAUAUUAAUCACAGUAUAAAGUCAGUGGAUGAAUAUCUACGCCAACUCGUUAUGCUCGCUAAGCGUCGUGCCAAAAAGAAAAUCGACAGUAAAAAUAUUUACAGUAAUACAAUGUCUGCUGAUGGUUCAAAUGUACAUAGACCAUAUGUACAUACAGAAAAUAAAACCAACAGAAAACAUCAUUUAAAAGUCGUCAAACACACGGCUGGUAAAAUGCAGAACCAUGGAUAUGAGAGCAAUGAGGAAUAACGGUGGCUCAAUAUACUGGAAACAAGAAAUACAGAUGAAGCUUAAACAUCAAAAUGAAUUUCUGUCUUUCCAAAAUGUUGCAAUUUAAGAAAAAUAAAACAAUCAACUGAUUUCCACGUGU